CAACCCUGAAACUCAAGAAGAAUCGGCAAUAUAGGCAUGUACAAUAUGCCACUUGGUACGUUGGAUAUAUGGAGACUCGGGACGACCUUUUCUGCAGAGCUCCACCCUCCAUAAAUGGUGGUUCCGGCGGAUCUCCUCGAGCAUUAAAAAAGGGAUAUUCAAACAUGGCGCUUGGCCCCGACUUCCUCAAAUUUCCUACUUCAAAAGAGUCAACCAUGACAGGUUGAGAGAGAGACUCUAUUAUCUAUUUUAUAUAAAGCAACGGAAUCCCUCUCACCACUGUCUCUCAUUGCUCUCAGAGUCUCGGACUCGGAAAAGAAGUUGGGAAAAUGGUGGGUGGAGCUGAGAAAUGGGUGAUGAUGGUGACGGCUCAGACGCCAACGAACAUAGCGGUGAUCAAGUACUGGGGCAAGAGGGACGAGUCCCUAAUUCUCCCCGUCAACGAUAGCAUCAGUGUCACGCUUGAUCCUGAUCACCUCUGUACCACCACCACCGUAGCCGUUAGCCCCUCCUUUGAGCGCGACCGCAUGUGGCUCAAUGGCAAGGAGAUUUCCCUUUCUGGAGGCAGGUAUCAAAAUUGCCUGAGGGAAAUUCGCAGCCGUGCUAGUGAUGUUGAGGAUGAGGAAAAUGGUAUCAAAAUUCCUAAGAAGGAUUGGGACAAAUUGCAUUUACAUAUUGCUUCAUACAACAAUUUCCCUACUGCUGCUGGGUUGGCCUCCUCAGCGGCUGGGUUUGCUUGUCUUGUUUUUUCCCUUGCAAAGCUAAUGAAUGUGAAAGAAGAUCAAAGCAAGCUCUCUGCUAUUGCGAGGCAAGGCUCAGGCAGUGCUUGUCGCAGUUUAUUUGGUGGUUUUGUCAAGUGGAUCAUGGGAAGGGAUGAAGAUGGAAGGGACAGUCUUGCAGUUCAACUUGCAGAUGAGAAGCACUGGGAUGAUCUUUUUAUUAUUAUUGCUGUGGUAAGUUCAAGGCAGAAGGAAACAAGUAGCACAACUGGAAUGCGUGAGACUGUCGAAACAAGUUUGCUUCUAAAACAUAGAGCAAAGGAAAUAGUACCAAAACGCAUACUACAAAUGGAAGAAGCCAUAAAAAAUCGUGAUUUUACAUCUUUUGCACAAUUGGCCUGUGCUGAUAGCAACCAGUUUCAUGCUGUUUGCCUGGACACAUCUCCCCCAAUAUUUUACAUGAAUGACACGUCCCAUAGGGUAAUCAGUAUUGCCGAAAAAUGGAAUCGAUCGGAAGGGGUCAAACAGGUGGCAUAUACUUUUGAUGCGGGCCCAAAUGCAGUACUGAUUGCUCGUGAUAGAAAGGUUGCUACUCUUUUGCUUCAGAGGCUGCUCUUCUACUUCCCUCCAAGUUCAGCUACGGAUUUCAACAGUUAUGUUCUUGGUGAUAAGUCAAUUCUAAAAGAUGCUGGGAUUGAGGGAAUAAUUGAUGUGGAAAGUUUGCCACCACCACCAGAAAUAAAGGACAGCAUUCCAACCCAGAAAUACAAGGGGGAUGUGAGUUAUUUUAUCUGCACAAGACCUGGGAGAGGUCCAGUUUUGCUUUCUGACAAGAAUCAGGCUCUUCUCAAUCCCCAAAAUGGGCUACCUAAGUAAAUUUGGAGUGGUUUUUAUUCUGAUGCUUAAUUAAUCUCUUCUGCUUUUCAAUGUGCUGGAGCACUUUCAAUCAGACAUAUUGGAGUGUGCCUGUGGUCACUGUAAAAUGUCUAUCCAAGAUGUUCUUUGUUUCCCUUCUUUCAUGUAAUUUUAAUUUUUUCUCCAUUUCUGGGAAAUUUACUAGGGUUUAUGUGCUCAUAGUCCUUUUGACAUGUUUACAAAUAAGUCGUUUAUUGCGUUGUAAGAAUUUCAGCUGUAACUUGGAAAGCUUUUGUAUCAUCAAAAGGAGCAAAGAGAGAAUAAAAGAACUAUUUUGUCUAA